AUGGAAGGUAAUGACGUACAAAAAUGGGAAACAAGACCUUCGCAGAAUUCCGUGCAAGCACAACCAUUACAAUGGAAGCGUGCAGCUUUGAUGACUAAAACGAUUACAGCUUUCAAGGAAACUAUAUCCAUUGAUAGUGACAACGAUGAUGUGGAUACAAAGCAGCAAAUUAAAUACGGUAAACCUUCGCAGGCAGCCUGGGCUAUACUCUCUGAAUAUUGUGACCAUAGCACAAUACAUGGCAUGAAAUAUUUGGGAGAACACAAAAGACCAUGGUGGGAAAGAAUUUUCUGGAUAAUUGUGUUUGGUGUUUCAAUUUACACUUGUGCUGCCUUGAUUAUGAAUAUCUGGUAUAAAUGGAAUUAUAAUCCGGUUAUAGUAAGUUUUGCGGAGAAAUCUACACCGGUAUGGGAGAUACCAUUCCCUACUAUAACGAUUUGCCCAGAAAAUAAAGCGCCACAAACAAUUUUCAAUUAUACCGAUGCAUUUUGGAAAUUGAAAGACUUCCAUAGUAAUAUCACUCACGAAUAUCCUACAAACGAGGAAUUAGCAAAUUUUUAUGUACUAUCACAAGUAUGUGACCAUCACAUAAUACAACGGAGUAAAGCUGAUGCUGACUAUGCUAAAGGUAUCGAUAUCAUAACAAGACUAUCGCAAAUAAUGCCAGCUUUUCGUGAAACGUUUUUGAGAUGUAAAUGGCGUAACUCGCUUCAAAACUGUGCUAAUAUGUUUAGUAAAUUUAUAACGGACGAUGGCAUGUGCUAUAGCUUUAAUUCGUUAAGUCUUGAGGAAAUUUAUCGUCAAGAAAGCUUAUUACCCGAACUAAUGCUUCAUAUCGAAAAUCGUACGGCUACCGAUUGGAAUGUGGAGGACGGUUACAGUUCUGCCGCCCAAGCAAGUACGUAUCCGAAAAGAGUAUUGGGACCGGGUACCAAGGCUGGCUUAGAAUUAUUAUUAAAUGGCUACGAAAAGGAUUUCGACAACUUAUGUCGUGGUCCUAUCCAGGGAUUUAAGAUUUUACUGCAGACACCGGGUGAAUUGCCUUUGAUGGGGAAGCGUUUUUUUCGCAUACCGUUCGAUCAAGAGAUAUUGAUCUCUAUAAAACCCAAAAUAAUAACCACUUCUGUUGGCCUAAAGCACUACGAGCCCAAUAAGCGUCAAUGCUAUUUCCAGAAGGAGCGCGAGUUACGUUAUUUUCAGAUUUAUAGCCAAAACAAUUGCGAAUUGGAGUGUUUAGCCAAUUUUACCUUAACUGAAUGUGGUUGCGUUAAAUAUUCAAUGCCCAGAAAUACUACUGUGCCAGUUUGCGGUCCAAAAAAAAUACCAUGCCUUUAUGAGGCUGAAGAUAAAUUGGCUUUAAAGGAAUUUAAACAAGGAGUCGCAGCUGCCACCAGUAGCUAUCGUGCAGCAACCACUUGUAACUGUUUACCCGCUUGCACUUCGAUCGCAUAUGAAGCAGAAAUCUCACAAUCCGAUUACGAUUACAAAAGCUUAGCCGAAUUAAAUGGCGAAACAAACGAAAAAGACAAAUUAUAUGGUGCGAAAAAAACCCGUCUAUCAAUAUUCUUUAAGGAGGCACAAUUUCUUACCUCUAAACGCUCUGAACUAUACGGGACUACGGAAUUUUUAGCCAAUUGUGGUGGUUUGUUAGGACUAUUUAUGGGCGUUUCAACUCUCAGCAUAGUUGAAAUUAUUUACUUUUGUACGGUUCGCUUAGCUACCAAUUUAAAAAUGAGACAUAAAAAGCGCAAAGAAUUACAAAAUUAUGAGGAUAAAACGGCCUAA